AUGAUCUACGACAACAUCCUCGAGACAAUCGGUAACACACCACUCGUUCGCAUCAAUCAUCUCAACCCAAAUCCAAAGGUCCAGAUGUACGCCAAGCUUGAAGGUUUCAACCCAACAGGUUCCGUCAAGGAUCGUAUCGCUCUUAAGAUGAUUGAGCAGGCAGAAGCCGAAGGCAAGCUCCAUCCAGGAUCAACAAUCAUCGAGGCUACAUCCGGAAACACAGGUAUCGGCCUUGCUAUGAUUGGCCGUGUCAAGGGCUACAACGUCAUCAUCGUUAUGAGUGAGGGCGUUUCAAUCGAACGCCGUAAGAUGAUCAAGGCCUUCGGUGCUGAAAUCAUCCUUACAGACAAGAAGCUCGGCACAGAUGGCGCCAUCCGUAAGGUUGCUGAACUCGUUAAGGAGAACCCAGGCAAGUACUUCAACCCUAACCAGUUCUCUAACGAAUACAACAAGAUCGCCCACUACAAGACAACAGCAGAAGAAAUCUGGGCCCAGACAAAGGGAACAGUUACCCACUUCGUUGCUGCUGUCGGCACAUCCGGCACACUCAUGGGUGUUGGCAAGAACCUUCGUGAGAAGAACCCAGAAAUCAAGAUCAUUGAAGCUCAGCCAACAAAGGGCCACUAUAUCCAGGGCUUGAAGUCCAUGGAAGAAGCUAUUGUCCCAGCUAUUUACCAGGCUGACAAGAUUGAUGAGCACAUCCUCAUCGAGUCUGAAGAGGCAUUCGCCAAGGCACGUGAAAUCGUUGCUCAGGAAGGCAUCUUCAUCGGCAUGAGCUCUGGCGCUGCUAUGCUCGCUGCUCAGAAGCUUGCUGAGAAGAUUGACAGCGGUGUCAUUGUUGUUCUCUUCGCUGAUCGCGGUGAGAAAUACCUUUCAACAAAGCUCUUCGACACAGAAUAA